AUUAUUGAAAGUUGGUUUCAAAUUUCGUUACAUUUCUUGUUUAUUUUUGUAAAUAAGCGCUCUAGCUCUGAUUAUUUUAAAGUUGACUAAUAACUCUCAAAAAAAUCCACAAUUACAAUAUGGAAAAGGAGGACUUUACAUCCCUGCUGCAUGUGUCUCCAGCGCUCACCAAUGACAUGUUGAGCAAAACACUUUCUGAAUGGUUCCAUACUGAUGUCGUUUUUACGAACUGGGAGUAUGUUAGUCACACAGGCAAAGGUGACUCCUUUUUAAGCGAAUUAAUUCGAAUCAGAAUCCACGGUAACUCCGAUGGUACGCCAUACCACGUGCAAGUGAUUUUGAAGAACAUCCCAAAAAAUGUUUGCAGACGAUUAACAUAUAGAAGCGAAGAAUUCUUUCAGAAUGAAAUUAAUUUUUAUAAAAAAGUUCUUCCUACGUUGCUCAAGUUUCAAUCGAAGAAAAAUGUCACAGAACCAUUUACAAACUACACGAAAUUAUUUUUGGCUGAUACCGAUGGUCUGAAUGGCGUGAUUUGCCUCGAAGACGCGGCCUUAGAGAAUUUUGGUAGCGCUGUACGCCAAGAAGGUAUUGAUUUAGCUCAUUGCAAACUCACAUUCAAAGCGUUAGCCAAGUACCACGCGCUCUCGUUCGCUCUGAAAGACCAAGAACCGGAUACAUUCAAUAGCCUGACCGAUGCUAUCUUUGAAACCUACUACGACCCCAGGCUCUGGAAUUGGUAUCGAAGAUUUUGGCACAGAAUAUGCGGUAUCGCUAUCGAUGCGGUUGAAAAAGAAUACCCAAACUCGAUAUACGAGGAGAAAAUUAAAGAGUUCGCUGUGCCAGAAAAGUACGAGGAUAUGAUAAGGGCGGUCAGAGACAAAACGAACGGCGUCAUAUCGCACGGCGAUUGUUGGACCAAUAACUUCCUAUACAAGUAUCAAGAUGGCUGUCCAAUUGACGCGAAAUUAAUUGACUUCCAGCUAACCAGAUGCGCUAGUCCAGUUCUAGAUAUAUCGUUCACUAUAUCCGCAUGCACGGACCAAGAAUUGAGAUCCAAGCAUUAUGAUGAAUUGUUGGAAUUCUAUUAUGAAACGCUUUCCAAACAGAUAAAGGAGUUGGGCAGCGACCCGGACAAGGUAUAUUCGUGGGAAAUGUUUAUGGAUGAAGUGAAGAAAUAUUCAUACUUCGGCUUGGCGUUUAGUUUUGAAUCAACACCGUUUAUUAUUUUGGCGCCAGAGGACGCAAUCAACAUGGAGAUGGAGGGCGACAAAAAAAUGAACAUUGAUGACUUCUGGCAACUUCCGCCGUUCAAGACAAAAGCUGGGCGACAAAGGGAAGCAAACAAUGUUGUACAUUGCGUUGACAGAGGAUAUAUAUAAAAUAUAAAAGCUUUAAUAUAUAAUAUGCAUUCCAUUAGCAGGAGUUAAGAUAAACAUGCCUUAGUUUACAUAAUCCAUGCGAUUUGCUAAUCAGCUCUGCUGUGUCUUAACAAAAACAAUUAUUAAUAUAUCUUUAUCUAUGUAUAACUUCCUCGUUGGGAUGUGGCUAGAUAUAAGGCCGCAGGUCCCGAGGUCCUGGAUUCAAUUCCCAGGUCGGGCUGAUGAAAAGUUAGUGCGUUUUAUGACGAAUUCUCAGUUGCAGCCUAGAGUAUUGCGCCUGAACUCUUUGAAUAAUGUCAAUUAAAGGUUCAAGUUGUUUUUCUAUCUCUACUCUUACCGUUGCAAUAUACUAUAAAUAGUGAUAUUCAUUUUCCAAAAGAUAAGUUACAAAUAACGAUAAUAUUAAAGAACAUAGUAUUUAAUUAGGCGGUAUGGGUAUAAGUGCAAACAUAUCUAAAGUCAAUAUAUAUAUAUUUAAAAAAAAUUAUUAUAUAGAAUAGUUAAAUACUUUGUAUUAUGUUAAUACUUUGUGAUAAUGCUUUGUACAAACCCUGGUAGGUACCACCCACUCAUCAGAUAUUCUACCGCAAAACAGCAGUACUUGGUAUUGUUGUGUUCCGGUUUGAAGGGUGAGUGAGCCACUGUAAAUACAGGUACAAGGGACGUAACAUCUUAGUUCCCAAGGUUGUUGGCGCAUUGGUGAUGUAAGCGAUGGUUAACAUUUCUUACAUGCCAAUGUCUAUGGGCGUUGGUGAACACUUACCAUCAGGUGGCCCAUAUGCUCGUCCGCCUUCCUAUUCUAUAACAAUAAAAAAAAUUGUCCUUUUUUUAACUUAUUAUUUCCCAAAUCUAUUUGGAUCCAGAUUGGCGUUUAAAAACACAAGUUGCUCGACUUUUGAGGACUUAAGACGACCCCUUUUUUCAUUUAUUAAUAACCCCGUUUUAUAAAAAAGUUACAGCAAAACGGAAGUUGCAACAACAUUGCACUUUGUGUGAUAUAUUUCCGACAAAUACGAAUAAAUUAUUUUAUGAUUUCGCCACCAUUGUGUUUAUUGGGAUCACCAUUUAGUGGUAACGAUCUAUAGAGCGUUGGGGUUUGAUUCGGCUAGGUCGUUUUUUGAAAUCGGAUUUUGAAUUCGUUUUGAUAUAUCGGACGAAUGCCUAUCGCUAACCGUUACACUGUUAGGAUUAACUCUAUGCAAAGUUUAUAAAUAAGGCUUGUGAAAUUAACUUGAAUGUUAUAACUAUAAUUGUUGCUGCUUCGCCGGCUUACAUUUAAGUUAGAAGAAAUAUAUAGAAAGAUACGCAUGUAUUCAUAUUAUAUAUACAAAUCUUCAUGUUGGUUUUGUUUGAAAUUAAUAAAGUACAGAUUAAAUAUUUAUCACAAAAGUGUUCUACCUCACCGCUAGAUGGUGCUGCAUAUCAAUUUCUAUAGUGAUAGCUUUAAAAAUUAGUAUGUAAAAUAUAAUUAUACACUAUAUACACAGUGUGUAUUCAUAUUAUACAUACAUAUAUAUAUAUAUAUAUAUAUAUAU